AUGAUUCGUCGUCGUAGCCUUGGGAUGACCAGGAUUGGCGCUACACCGUCUCCGGUUGUUCAUGAACCAUUUCGUAGUCCACUGGUAAUGCCAAAAUCACCUGAAGAGGGCUCAAAGAGGAAAGAAGAAAAACUCAUGAAGAUUCAGAAUCCUUUCAAUAGUGAGAGAGAAGAUGUCAUAGAUCCUCAAAGGUUGAAACUGAUCGACCGUAACGCUAUGAUAGCACGAGAUGCUGCUGAACAUGAAGCGAUGAUUGCUCGGCUCCUUUCCAGGCCCUUCACCAUACCGCUGGCUGUGUCCGGUCGUGUUCUGGGAAUGGCCCGGUCCAGAAUGCGAGUCGCUAUGUUUGAUCCUUAUGCCGAAAAUGCUGUGGUGUUGUUCACACCGCCUGCCCUAUCUGCACAUGAACAAAUGAAUUUGAAGGAAGAGGACAAAUUGGUGCAUGUGGUUGUUGACCCGGUUCUCGGCAACAUUUUACGGCCACAUCAAGUGGAAGGCGUGCAAUUUAUGUACAACUGUGUUACUGGAAGAAACGUUGAGGGGUAUUAUGGCUGCAUCAUGGCCGAUGAGAUGGGUCUAGGAAAGACGCUGCAGUGCAUCACCUUACUCUACACAUUGCUUCGUCAAAGUCCCAAAGGCAAACCGACCAUCUCCAAGGUGGUCAUCGUUAGUCCCAGCAGUUUAGUCAAGAACUGGGAUAAAGAGAUCAAAAAGUGGCUAGGUCAGCGGGUCAGUGCGCUGCCAAUGGAUUCUGGCAACAAACAGGAAAUAACGAGUAAACUCAAGGCUUAUAUGGCUGACGGAAGGGUGAGAGUUGCUAGCCCAGUGCUGAUCAUUUCUUACGAGACUUUCCGGUUGUAUGCAAAAAUUCUUCACUCAAGCGAAGUCGGAAUGGUAAUAUGUGAUGAGGGUCAUCGCCUGAAAAACAGCGACAACCUGACUUAUCAGGCACUCAGUGGCCUCCAGUGUUCUCGACGAGUACUCAUAUCCGGGACUCCAAUUCAAAAUGAUCUCCUUGAAUACUACAGUUUGGUGAAUUUUGUGAACCCAGGAUUAUUUGGAACUGCUAGCGAUUUCAAAAAGCGAUUUGAGAACCCUAUUUUGCGUGGUCGCGAUGGGAGUGCUAGUGAAGAGGAACAGAAGAAAGGCGAAGAAGCCACGAAAGAAAUGGUGACGCUGGUUGAAAGAUGCAUUAUUCGGAGAACAAGUGCCUUGCUGACAAAAUACCUCCCGGUAAAAUAUGAACACAUCAUAUGUUGCCGCAACACGGAUCUGCAAGACUCAAUCUACAACAAGCUUAUAGAGACUGAAAAGAAGUAUCGCGAAAUGGAAAGAGAUAAGGAAAACGGCGCAACGGCGUCAGCGUUGUCUUUCAUAACUCAUCUCAAGAAGUUGUGUAAUCAUCCAUAUUUGGUGUAUGAGGAGCUGCAGAAAGCAGAUAAUCGCUUCCACAAUUGUUUACACUUGUUUCCUGAAUCACUCGGAAGAAAAUUCGACCCGUCAACAUCUGGAAAAAUGAAGGUUCUGGAUUACAUUCUAGCGGUGACUCGAAAAACGUGUAACGAUAAGUUUGUGCUGGUGUCAAAUUAUACUCAGACAAUUGAUCAAUUUGUUGAGCUUUGCAAACUGCGAGGCUAUGGCUACGUUCGUCUUGAUGGAUCCAUGUCUAUCAAACAGCGUUCGAAAACUGUGGAAAAAUUCAACGAUCCAGAGAGCAGCGAAUUUUGCUUUCUUCUGUCAUCCAAAGCUGGUGGCUGUGGUCUCAACUUGAUAGGAGCAAACAGAUUGGUAAUGUUUGAUCCUGACUGGAAUCCUGCUAACGAUGACCAAGCAAUGGCUCGGGUUUGGCGAGACGGCCAGAAGAAAAACUGUUUUAUUUAUCGAUUACUGGCGACUGGUUCGAUUGAAGAGAAGAUGUUUCAACGACAAACACAUAAGAAAGCUCUUUCGUCGUGUGUGGUGGAUGCUGGGCAGGAUGUUGCGCGACACUUCAGUGUAGAUCAGUUGAAGGAGUUGUUCAAACUUGAAGCAGACACUCCGUCUGAUACUCACACGAGGCUGAAGUGUAAGCGUUGUGUUAACGGAAUAGAAAGCGUUGAUCCACCAGAGACAGCAGACUGUACAUCAGAUCUAGCGGUAUGGCACCAUUCCCAACGAGAUUCUCGCAAGAUCGCUGAUCCAGUUCUGCGGUCCGUCUUCAACUGUGGCAUUAUUUCCUUCGUGUUUCAUCAGAAAUCUCACAAAGUGGAGGUGCCGAAGAAGAAGACGGUCGAGGAGGACGAAGAAUAUAGGCCCUCUGAUGUUGACGAAGAUGAUGAGUAA